AUGGAAACCAGAGAAACCACAGAAAUCACAGCAACCAUAGAAACCAUAGAAACCAUAGAAACCAUAGCAACCAUAGAAACCAUACAAAAGAUAGAAACUAUAGAAACCAAAGCAACCACAGCAACCAUAGAAACCAUAGAAACCAUAGAAACCAUAGAAACCAUAGAAACCAUAGAAACCAUAGAAACCAUACAGAAACCACAGAAACCACAGAAACCACAGAAACCACAGAAACCACAGAAACCACAGAAACCACAGAAACCACAGAAACCAGAGAAACCACAGAAACCACAGAAACCACAGAAACCACAGAAACCACAGAAACCCCAGAAACCACAGAAACCACAGAAACCACACAAACCACACAAACCACAGAAACCACAGAAACCACACAAACCACACAAACCACAGAAACCACAGAAACCACACAAACCACAGAAACCACACAAACCACACAAACCACAGAAACCAUAG